UGGAGACAGUGUUACGUCGGAACGGACAGAAGGAGACACGAAAGAAGGCAUCAACAGAAGACAGGACAUUAAUAAUAAUACAUUAGAUAAUAAGAAUAAUAAUAAGAAGAAGUGAGUGACAGUGGUGAAUGUCGGAUGUGUGUGUGUUUUUUUUGGUGGAUGUGAGCCUUUCGCCCCUGUCUUCUGCAGAUCCUCAUUCAAAGAACAUGAGGGGAAAACACUUGUUGUGCUUCCUCCUGCUCUCCUUCUCUCUGUCCUGGGCUGAGAAUGUGAGGAAAGACGGCAGGAACACUGAGAAUGACACAGUUUGGAGCCAAGGGAAGACCAGACGACUCUUUGCAAGACGAAAGACCGCUCCACCGCAGGAAAGUCGCACUACUAAAUUGCGAACUGACCCGAUGACCCCUGCACGCCGCUGUGGACGCCUCAUGGAGAGCUGCUCCUCUCACGUACCAUGCUGCGACCCCUGCGCUUCCUGCCGCUGCCGACUUUUCAACACCAUCUGCCACUGCUGGAGGAUGAACCCUCUGUGCUUAAAGAAGACAUAGAUGGGGCACAAACAUCUCCAAGAACACAUGCACACACAAAGCCUACCAUGUGGAUGUCGGCAUGUACCCACACAUUUUGUUCAAACCUGUGAUCUUUAUCACCGUGGUCCAGUUCAGAGAAUAAUAUUACAGCAUAAACUUUUGGAAACCCAUGAAACAGGCCCAACUUUUAUCACUUGAAUAAUGGUGUGAUAAAAGAGGAUCAAGCUGAGUUGCCAUAAUAUAGACACCUUUUUCCAUCUUUAGCCUUCUGAGGCAUGAAGAUGAAAAAAAAACAAAAAAAAAAACAGUUAAACAUGUAUGGAACAUCCAAAUAGUCAUAUGUAAUGUGUAAACCA